GAGAUAUACAUGGGCAGUAUUCUGAUCUCCUGCGACUGUUCGAAUAUGGUGGAUUACCUCCAAAAUCCAAUUACUUGUUCCUGGGUGAUUAUGUUGAUCGCGGGAAGCAGAGUCUGGAAACAAUAUGUCUUCUCCUUGCAUAUAAAAUUAAAUACCCCGGGAACUUCUUUCUUUUAAGGGGCAACCACGAAUGUGCUUCUGUAAAUCGUAUAUAUGGAUUCUAUGAUGAGUGUAAAAGAAGGUUUAAUGUCAGACUCUGGAAAGUCUUUACAGAUUGCUUCAACUGCCUUCCCGUGGCAGCACUCAUUGAUGAAAGGAUUCUAUGCAUGCACGGGGGACUUUCACCUGAGUUACAUAAUCUAGACCAAAUUCGCAAUCUUCGUCGUCCAACUGAUGUUCCCGAUAGCGGUUUGUUGUGUGAUCUUUUAUGGUCCGAUCCUUGUAAUGACAUCCAAGGUUGGGGAAUGAAUGAUAGAGGCGUCUCCUUUACCUUUGGAGCUGAUACAGUCACUGAGGCUCUUCAAAAGUUGGAUCUUGAUCUUAUUUGUCGUGCGCACCAGGUUGUUGAGGAUGGCUACGAGUUCUUUGCUAAUAGGCAGCUUGUUACUAUAUUUUCAGCACCUAAUUAUUGUGGAGAGUUUGACAAUGCUGGAGCUAUGAUGAGUGUGGAUGAUACUUUAAUGUGUUCUUUCCAAAUAUUAAAGCCUGCUGAGAAGAGGCUGAAAUUUGGCUUUGGUAGCGCAACUAGUACCAAAACUGGAGGUCCAGCUAAGGUUAAGUCUUUUCUUGGGGGAAGAAUUUGACGAGGCGAACCAUCUUUGACGUAGUCAGAUGCAGAAGGUUUUCAUUACAUGGAAUGCAGGAUGGUAUGUGUUUUACCGGCAGGGCAGGUUUGGUGCGUUUGAUGUAUCAAAUUUAGCCAAAGUAAAAGCCGCAAAGAGAUAUUGGUUCGGGAGGGCAAUGUCGUCGUUCUUCAGUCUUUAUAUUUGCUAAUAUAUUGUACAAGUUACUGGUAAAAGGCUUAUGAUAAAUGUAUGGUGUAUGAAUUGGUAUGAAAGAUGUACAAUACCAAUUACCAACAGGAUUUGCUAACCAGGAAGUCUUAGUUAUCAAUGUUAUCAAGUCUCUAAUUUAAUUUGCUGUCAUUUUGAAACUUGAUAACAUGAAUCAUGAAUGUAUUGAGUAUUGAGUUCUAGCUUAUUUUUUUGUUAUUGUUCGUGCCUGGCACCAAAAAAUGGCAUCUCAGACUGAGUAUGAGCACCCAAAAAGGGCAUCUGGGACUAAGUUAUUGGUUAUGUUAGGUCUUAGGUGUGUUUCCAACUGUCUGAUUUUUCAUGUUAUUCAAGCCAACCUGGGGCUAAAUUAAUUUUUGCUUUUCUCUAGUUUAUGGGCAACCAUUAUGUUAAUUUAUUUUGAUGCCCUUCUACAAAUAAUUAAGAUUUUUGGGUCCCAAUAUUAGGUGUAUAAAUAAUCUUUGUUCCAGCCUGCCAAUUAUUUUUCAGAUUCAGAUCUGACCCGAAUUUGGUGGGUCUUAAAAAAUAAGACUUAGACCCUUAAAAAGGAGCGGGUUUGGGGCGGGUUUAAUAGGGUCUUGGACCCAUAACCAUCCCUAUUAG